AUGUCUGCCAUUUUCAAUUUUCAGAGUCUGCUGACUGUAAUCUUGCUGCUUAUAUGUAUGUGUGCUUAUAUCCAAUCCUUGGCACCCAGCCCCCUGGACAGAAAUAAAACUGGAGUAUUGGGAAUAUUUUGGAAGUAUGCCCGAAUUGGUGAACGCGAGAGUCCUUAUGUUGCCGUAUGCUGUAUAGUGAUGGCCUUCAGCAUCCUCUUCAUACAGUAGCUUUGGAAACUACCAGUGUGUGAUUGCCAUCAGACUCUGUAAACAAGGACUUGCCACCAGAAAAUAAUGAGAAGAAUGGUUAACCCUUUUAUCUCUGAACAUGAAAUGAGA